AUGCUCGUUGCAUUGCCGGCAAAUGCGACGCACCUCUUCCAGCCCCUGGACGUCGCGUUGUUGAAGCCAUUCAAGGACUGUACGACAGCAAUUGGGAUGGCGUGCACAGCGUACCGACGCACUCUCAUUGACCAGCCUACAAGCGCCGUUAAUGGCUUCAGAGAGUGCGGCAUAUGGCCGUUGUCUAUGGUGCAGCUCAAGUCGCGCUUGACACUGUAUAAGGGCGGUGGGGUCAAGGGCGAGAUUCGGACUGGUUGA